AUGAGCCGCUGGGCGUACAGCUUACUUCACACGUUACUAAUUCCAGUGUUUAUUCCUUCCUCCGACUCCUGUUGCCGCAAGGGUGCACCUAGAUCCUAUUCAUCCUUUUUAUCAAUUUUGUCGGUGAAGGACGCGAAACUCUCACACAUCACCAAGUUGUCAAGUCAUCGUUCAUCCAGAAAGUCAUUGCCUGUACAGAAUCAUGGCGUGUAG